UUGAGCAAUCGAUAUCAAAUCAGCUGUCCAUAUCUUUGUAACUUUUGUUUAUCCUGUGAAACGAAAAAAAUCUAAAAAGAAAAAUAAAUAAAAUAUGGACAAACAUAUCAUAAAAUGGCUAAUAUUAGGAGCAGCCAUACGUUUGUAUUUAUGCACCAGCGAAUGGGUUCAUAUACUAGGAAAUCGCGUUGAGAUUGCUACGCCACUAAAUUCAUUCAAAAGAGUAAAUGAAGGCGUUUAUCUCCUCAAGCAAGGAGUCAAUCCAUACGAUGGAGACAUGGUUCAUGAAAUUCCUGUUGUACUUUGGUUUCUUACAUUUGCUGCAGAAUACUUGAAACAUUGGCUGCCAUUUUUAUAUGUUCUUAUAGACAUUUGUACUGCAUGCGUUCUUUACAAAGCUAGUAAAGUGUUUGUACGCAGAAAACUUACGGUGCAAUGUGCAGAAUUAGUACAUUAUGCAAAAGAUACUGAGGAGUUGCAGUAUCAUCAGAGCGAUGAGAGUACCAUACCAUUUCUGGUAUUAAUGGCAUACCUUUUUAAUCCAUUGUCCAUUUUCAAUUCUGCCGGCUUGACAUCGACCGUUUUUAGUAAUUUGUUACUUUCUUUGGCUUUAUACGGUUUGAUAGAUCAUCAUCUGCUUAUGUUUCUGUUUGCUGCUGUGAUUGAGUCACACCGUAACUUGUAUCCUGUGAUAUUGCUAGCACCAGCAGUUCUUGUCUUCAACAAGAAUGGAAAAUUAAAAACUAUUUUGCAUGUUAUCGUACCUUUUAUUGUCCUAAGCUUUGCGCUUUUUCGAUUGAACUACUCAUUGAUGGGAGAUGAAAGUUGGAAUUUCAUUGAUGGAACGCUGGGAUUUAUAUUCUUCUAUCGGGAUUUACAACCAAAUAUUGGAUUAUUCUGGUAUUUCUUUACUGAAAUGUUUGAACAUUUUCGCACAAUGUUUUUAAUAACAUUCCAAAUGAAUGCAACAGUCUUGUAUUUAGUACCUUUGUCUUUAAAACUACGCAAAGAGCCAAUACUUUUGGCUACAAUAUUGAUUGGACUAAUGUCGAUAUUUAGAGCUUAUCCUUGUGUUGGUGAUGUUGCUUUCUAUUUAGCACUAUUGCCUCUAUGGAAACGCUCAUGGAAAUUUAUGGUACACAAUUUCAUUGUAUUUUGUUUCUUUGUGGUAUCACUGUGCAUGCUACCAGCUCUAUGGCAUCUGUGGAUUUAUUCAGGGUCUGCUAAUGCUAAUUUCUAUUUUGGUGCAACCUUAGCAUUUUCUACUGGACAGAUAUUCCUAGUUACCGAUUUAUUGUUCGCAUAUGUAAAACGAGAGUUUUGUCUUUUUAAUGGGCAAAAAAUCAUUGUACAGGGAAAAGAAGCCAAAAUUGUCUUAGGUUAACUCAACUUAUUUCCUCGCCUAGUUCUAAUGCAAACUAUCAUUCUGCCCAAUAAUUGUACUUGUACAACAUAAAUUUAACUAUUCCUGUUUUUAUGUUGAUCUAAAAUUAAAUAUUUUUGUAUUAUAGUAUUAAUUACAAAAUAAAUAAAAUGUCAUGUCACAAAUCGAAAA